UCCUUGAAUAGGUGUCUGAGUUAUUUAUUUAUUAAUCAUUAUAUGCAAAAAAAAAAAAAAAUUAUAAAAAAAAUCAUUGUACACUUCAAAUGACACUGUUAUGUUGAGUUGUUCAGUCCCCUGAAAAUCCUCUUCAAAAGGCACAACUCCUUUUUUCUCUUCUUCCAACUUUUUUACAAACCCUCCAUUAAUUCCAUUAUUUAAAUCCUCUAAUGCCUACAAUAGGGGAUGCUACAACCUUAUAGAGUGGCAAUUUAUUUGGCUACAUAGUAAUUAAUUAUUCCUAUAUUCUUUAUUAUUCUUAAUAUUAUUAUAUGAUAUGAUAUGAGAUGAUGGAAGAAGGGGGGCUAUAAAUAUGAGUGUAUGUGAAAACUUGUUGUGACUUCAACAACAGAAGCAGGAGGUUGCUGUUCAAAGUGUGUUCUUUGUGGUUUUUGGUUCUGAGUUUCUUUGAGCAACUCUCCAAUGGCUAUGUUAUUGGGAAUCAUUGGUGGGGUGGUGUUGGUGCUCUGUUUUUGCUCUGUUUUCUUGUUGAAGUGGAAUGAAGUGAGGUAUAGGAGGAAAGGAUUGCCACCAGGGACAAUGGGGUGGCCUCUUUUUGGAGAAACCACUGAGUUUCUUAAGCAAGGUCCAAACUUCAUGAAACACCAGAGAACAAGGUAUGGUAGUUUUUUCAAAUCACACAUACUUGGGUGUCCUACCAUAGUGUCAAUGGAUCCAGAGCUGAACAGAUACAUUCUGAUGAAUGAAUCAAAAGGGCUUGUUCCUGGUUACCCUCAAUCAAUGUUGGAUAUCUUAGGAAAAUGCAAUAUUGCAGCUGUUCAUGGCUCCACUCACAAGUAUAUGAGAGGUGCAUUAUUAUCCAUCAUUAGCCCUACUUUGAUCAAAGAUCAGCAUCUGCCUAAGAUUGAUGAGUUCAUGAGAUCUUUUCUUAGUCAUUGGGAUAACAGAAUCAUCAACCUUCAAGACAAAACCAAAGAGAUGGCAUUUCUCUCAUCACUUAAGCAGAUUGCUGGCAUGGAAUCUAGCUCAAUAUCUCAUCCAUUCAUGACAGAGUUCUUUAAGCUUGUUCUAGGAACACUCUCCUUGCCUAUUGAUCUUCCCGGCACAAAUUAUCGCCGCGGACUACAGGCAAGGAAGAACAUAGUUAGCAUUCUAAGUCAGUUGCUAGAUGAAAGGAGAGUCUCCCAAGAAACACACCAAGACAUGCUUGGAAGCUUGAUGAUGGGUAGAAGAGAAAACAGAUACAAAUUAACUGAUGAAGAGAUCAUUGAUCUGAUAAUCACAAUCAUGUAUUCUGGUUAUGAAACUGUUUCAACUACAUCAAUGAUGGCAGUCAAGUACCUCCAUGAUCAUCCCAAAGUUCUUGAAGAAAUGAGAAAAGAGCAUCAACAUUAUUAUUAUUAUUAUUUGAGUUGGUUACUUUUUCCAAUAAAUAUUAUAUUAUUGUUUGAUCAGAAAUUUGAGGUUGUCUUUUUCUUGCAGGUUAUUUUUGAGACCUCGAGAUUAGCUACAAUAGUCAAUGGUGUUCUGAGAAAAACAACUCAUGACAUGGAACUAAAUGGGUAUUUGAUUCCUAAAGGUUGGAGAAUAUAUGUAUAUACAAGAGAGAUAAAUUAUGACCAGUUUCUGUAUCAAGAUCCACUGACAUUUAAUCCAUGGAGAUGGCUGGUUGGUACCACAACCACUUGCUGUUUGUGGGAAGAAGUAGGAGGAGAUAAACUAAUGAAAUUUCCUAGAGUUGAGGCACCAAAUGGACUUCACAUUAGGGUCUCAUCUUUUACUAACUAGGCAUUUGUGUUUUAUGUAUAGUAAUGAGAAAUAGCAUAUAAUAGGGCCUUUUUUUUUUUGUAUGAUAAUGUUCUAACAAAUUAGAGGGAAAAAAUGAAUGGAAUUAAUUAAUUAGCUUCUUUC